AGCAACAAAAAAAAAAACAAAACAACAAACGCACAUAUCGUCUAAAAUAACGACGACGACGACGACGGAAAUAAUGGGCAAUAUCAAUACGGUUGGACCGAAUGAAGCAUUAAUAGUAUCAGGUGGAUGCUGUAGACCAACAAAAAAACCUAUUGUUGGUGGCUGGUCAUGGUCCUGGUGGUUAUUGUCCGAUGUUCAAACAAUAAGUUUAGAAGUAAUGACAUUGAUGCCUAAAUGUGAAAAUGUUGAAACAUCUGAAGGUGUACAGUUAACCGUUUCGGGUGUUGCACAAUGUAAAAUUAAAAAUGAAAAAGAACAAUUAUCAAUUGCUUGUGAACAAUUUCUAGGAAGAAAUGUUGAUUAUAUUAAAGGAAUAUUACAACAAACAUUGGAAGGUAAUCUACGUUCAAUUCUUGGCACAAUGACUGUGGAAGAAAUUUAUCGUGAACGUGAUCAAUUUGCAUCGUUAGUACGGGAAGUUGCAUCCUCAGAAUUGGAACGUAUGGGUAUUGAAAUAUUAUCAUUCACAAUUAAAGAUGUUUAUGAUAAUGUUAAUUAUCUGGAAUCAUUGGGCAAAGCAAAAAUUGCCGAAAUCAAACGAAAUGCAGCCAUUGGUGUUGCCAAUGCUGAACGUGAUGCAGGCAUCAAAGAAGCGGAAUGUCAAAAAGCAGCAAUGGAUGUAAAAUAUUCGGCUGAUGCUAAAAUCGAAGACGCUACACGUGAUUAUCUAACGCAGAAAGCAAUGUUUGAAGCCGAAGUUAAUGCAAAAAAAGCAGAAGCUAAUCUAGCGUUUGAUUUACGUUCAACACAUCUACAACAGGAAAUAUCGAAACAGCAAAAAUUCAUUGAACUAAUUGAACGAAAAAAAUUGACUGAAUUACAGGACCAGGAAAUUGUUUUGGCUGAAAAUGAUCUAAAAGCUAAAGUUAAUUUAUUAGCCGAUGCUCAAUUAUAUGAAAUAUGUCAAUUAACUGAAGGUAAAAAACGACAAAUAUUAGCGGCAGCUGAAGCCGAUGCUGAACGUAUCAAAUUGAUUGGACAAGCAGAAUCAGAUGCGGCAGAAAUACGUGGCCGUGCUGAAGCGCAUGGAAUGUUGACUAAAGCUUCAGCAUUAAAACAAUUUGGUGAAGCUGCCAUAUUAUCAUUAACGUUGGAAAAUCUACCAAAAAUUGCAGCAGAAAUAUCGGCACCAUUAUCGAAAACUGAUGAAAUUGUUUUACUUAGUGGUGAUACUGGUAAUCUAACAAAAGUUGUUUCACAAAUUCCACCUACAUUACAAGCGAUGACCGGUAUCGAUGUGAAAAAGACAUUAUCAAAAAUAACCGGUGCCCAUUGAAUAUGCACACACACACAAAAAAUGAAAUUUUGCUGGGACUUUAAAUUCAUUUGUAUACACCUACCAUAUGCAUCGAAUCAUUAUCAUCAUUUCAUUUUCAUUCAUCCAAUGUCCACAAUAAUAUCGCUGAACAACAAUCCCCCACCCUCCCAAAAAAAAAGAACCAAACCAUAAAUUCAGAUUCACAAACACAAGUCUAGUCUUCGGAAAAAAAUCAUCAUCACAUUUUUUUAUUUAUAUCUUCAUUUCUAAUUGAAUAAAUUUUAUCCGGAAAAA